ACUUUUAUGAAACACGAUUUCGGCAUACUGUAAAAUGAGUCGUCCUCAGAGUCUGUGCUAGUAUUAAAAUUAUUAUUUAAAAUAUAUAUAUUUUGUUUUAAGUGUUAAUAAAUAAUAAUGUUUUAUAAGUGUUUGUUGUUUUUGCUUUUGGGCGCACUUAACGCUUCGAGAGUUAACUGGCGGAGUUCGUCGUCCUCUACAUCAGCAUCGUGUACCCUGCCGGAGCUGAAGCAUGGCCGGGUGGUGGUGAGAGGAUAUCGCGGGAAACUUAUCAAGUUCAUUUGCGAGAAACGAUACGAGCUGGCUGGGAACAAGUACGCCACCUGCCGGGACAAAAACUGGGAUGUACCUAUCCCGGUCUGUAUACGGCCUGGAUGUGCUCGGCCGAAUUUUGAAAAUGGUAUCCAGAUCCCCACGAGUAACGGAGCUUGGGUGACACACUUCUGUCUCCCGGGAUACAAGCUGGUGGGAUCUUCGGUCAUUUACUGUAACGGAAGACAGUGGAACGCUACACCUCCGAUAUGUAUUGACUCGUCAGAAGAUAGUUCUCCAGCGUUAAGCUGUGACUUCGAGGAGCCAGAUCUCUGCGGCUGGACUCAGGACGAGAUGCACGACUUCGACUGGACCAGGUUCAAUAAGAAAACCCCGAGUUCGUUCCUAUUGACCGGACCUUCUUAUGACCACACCAUCGGAAAAAACGGUUCGGGUUAUUAUAUGUACAUCGAGAGUACAUCGCGUCUUAAGAACGACACCGCCAGGUUCAUGUCACCGGUCUACAGCCAGAGCCUGUCUGAAGACGGCUGCUUCUCGUUCUUCUAUCACAUGUUCGGAAACACGAUCGGUGGUCUCCGCGUGUACCAAAAACCCGACAAACUUCCAAUGGCUGUCUUACUCAACUUGAGUGGUUCCCAAAGAGAUCAGCACAUCUUGUUCGAGAAGUGGGGCAACCAAGGUGACCAGUGGUACAGCUCCGUAUCAGAUUUAAGGAACCUGGGGGAUAACUUUCAGAUCAUCAUCGAAGGUAUCCGUGGGACCAGCUUCACCAGUGACAUAGCCAUCGACGACGUCGCUAUACUCCAAGGAGAGAACUGCACCGCCGCCAAGAACAGGGCCACCACACCAUCCACAGCUUACAUGCCGGAGUCCUGUCAGGGUCGUUGCAUGGAACCCUCGACCAGCUUGUGUGGCUGCACCUACAGCUGCCUCACUGACGAAGACUGCUGUCACGACUUCUUCGAGUUGUGCGUCUUUAAGCAAGAUUUAACAACCACCACAGACGAUAUCGUGGUGGCGAACAGUUCGUAUGACAGACCUCAAAAACAGAAACUGAUAGCAUCUCCCCCAGACUCUACUUUAAGUACAACUACAUCGACUACUUCUACUACAACCACCACAACUACGAUGAAGACUACCUUAACAACCAGGACUACAACAACUCCCAAACCUACAACUACUUCUACAUCCACAACAACAACUACUACUACACGCAAACCUACAACAGUUCCCAAAACUACUACAACAUCUAAACCUGCAACAACUAGAAAACCUCAAACCACUACACAGAAAACCACAACAAUAGCGCCCAAACCAAUCCGACCCAAUAAACCCAAACCAAUCCGACCCAAUAAACCCGAACCACCAACACCCAACAAACCUACACCUACUACCAUCAAAACAUCUACUACAACAUCGACCAGUACUUCUACUACAACUUCUACAACUACAUCAAGCCCAUCGACAUCCUCUGUUCGAGUAACUCCUGUCCUGGAACAUGGAAUAUCCAGAACGAUAGAAAACCACAACCAAUACCACGAGAUGGUAGAAAAGGCUAAGAAGGAACAAAAAAUAGAAGUCAGAAGGCUUCAUAAUAUGAGCAAGGAAGAAAACCAAUCAUCAGGCUGGAGGGUGGUGCUUAUAAUACUAGGUACUAUCAUAUGUGUCGCUAUCGUGUCGUGGACGGUGGUCGUGUCGCGGUCGGCCCGCGGCCGUCUCGCUAUAGCCAGGUUCAGGGGUCGCUGCAGCCAAGAUCCAGAAGUUAGAUAUCUCUCCACAGAUGUUGAUGAUGAUUAAAUGAUAUCGUUUUGAUAAAA